AUGGGCAGCCCAUGGACACCAUGGCCCAAACCUAACCCUAACCUUGCAGCCACUCAUCGUACAUAUAUACAGCCCUCCCGAACCUUGACGCCGCAAGCCGGUCUGAUCUCCCGUACCUCCCUUCUUCCAAGCUUAGGUUACAUCAAGAUCCUUCAAAAGGAAGAAGAAAUGGCGUACGCAGCGAUGAAGCCGACCAAGCCAGGGUUGGAGGAGCCCCAGGAACAGAUUCACAAGAUUAGGAUUACUCUCUCCUCCAAGAACGUCAAGAACCUCGAGAAAGUGUGUACUGAUUUGGUUCGUGGAGCCAAGGACAAGCGGCUCAGGGUCAAGGGACCAGUGAGAAUGCCCACCAAGGUUCUUCACAUCACUACUAGGAAGUCACCAUGCGGCGAAGGAACCAACACAUGGGAUAGGUUUGAGCUCCGCGUCCACAAGCGGGUGAUUGACCUCUUUAGCUCCCCGGAUGUGGUUAAGCAGAUUACCUCAAUCACGAUUGAACCCGGUGUUGAGGUUGAGGUGACUAUUGCUGAUUCUUAAAUUUGCUGUACGUUUUCCUAUAUUUCUAUGGUCUAUUAGUUUGUUAGGUCCUUUUGCCCUUGCAACCCUGCCAACAUCUUCAUUUCAAGUGUCCACAUCAUGUGUUGAAGUUGUAGUAUGAAUUAACAAGAGUUUUGCUGUUACAGUUCUGUUUUUGAAAGUAGUUUGUUUGAGGAGACAAUUAUGUGUUUGUUUCUGCGGUUGUAUGAAUACAUGCUAUUUUUUAGUGCUCUAUGUUAAGAAUCCCCAUGUGGGUGGUACCAUUUUUGUUGCAUUUCCAGC